CUUUUCCGCCCUACUCUGGAUCUCCAAUAGCCGGAACGUUGCACGCAUCUGCUCGGCCCAAAGAGUGUCCCGGAACUCCUGGCUAAUAACCGAGCUGUAACACUGGGAGAAAACGAUCCCACAGGCAUAAUCACCCACUGACGGACAAGAGAGGAUUUUGGAUUUACAGCCAUGGGGAUUAAAAGAAGAUCGACGAGAAGAGUGAUUGUGAUCCCUGAAGAUUUACCUGACGAGACGGACUCAAUAAAUUCGCUGACCUGGCUCAACGGCCUACUGAAGACCAACUUUCAGGAUGUGCAGCACAUUGGUUCAGGUGCUUGUCACUGCCAGAUGAUGUCUGGCAUCAUUCCAGGCUCAAUUGACAUGACCAAAGUCAGGUUUGAUGCACAAGCUAAAGAGGACUGCGAGCACAACUUUAAUCUCCUUCAGUAUGCCUUCACCAACAACGAUAUCUCAAAGACCAUUCCUGUUGCCGAACUCAUAAACGGGGAUUGUAAAACUAACUUUGAGUUCCUGAAGUGGUUCAAAGCCUUCUACACAAAAAAUGUGAAAGAUGAGUAUGAUCCUGUGAAAGCUCGGAACAGCCAUGACAUUAUCUCUUACCGACCAUCACAGCAAUCUCAAAACGGUACACCUAAACUGGACCAUGUCACUGAAGAUUGUGGACUCAAAAAAGUUGAGCAGCUGCACUUCAACGAGUUAGCCCUCAAAUUCAUUAAAAAAGUCUGUUGUCACCAAGGGUCAAGACAUAUUGCAGACUCUAAACUGAGGCCGGAGUAUACCAAACACAUUACAACACUUUGCAAGCAAACUCCAUACUGUAUUUACUUCUAUGAAAAGGUGCCACUUGAAAAGGAUGAGACUGUCUCUGUUGUUCUUGUUGGAUUUUUUGACGUGGAAGGCUCUCGGCACUACAUUAAAUUUCUGGACGCUGUAAAUUCCCCAGCUGAUGAGACAGGGGAGAAAACCGCCUCUGCGGUGGUGGAGACUUUGAAGAAAUUUGGCUUACCUGAAGACAUGUUAGUUGCUCUUUAUUUGAACCAUGAAGGUGCUGCUGCAGAGCAACUCAGCUUGCAGCUCAGGGAGCUCAAUCCAAACAUAGUGGUAUUUGGAGAACUUUACAACAUUGCUGAUGCUGCUUGCCAUGCGGCUAUGAAGAAGCUCUCCAGUCCUGUUAUUGAGCUGAUUCUGGAAAUUCAUGCGCACUACAUAUCCUGCUCUGUAAAGGACAUUAACCUCCAAACAAUUUUUGGCGCAGAUAUGAUAGAGGACGGUUCAUCAUCUGUGCUCAACACUAGCUGCCAUUAUGUUCAUCAGACAGUUGCCAAAAUGUUGGAAAUAUGGACAGAUGUCACUUUGUACUUCAGCUCAUGUGACACAAAGGACAGGAAAAUCAAAUUCAUCAACUCCCAACUAGAUGAUCCUAAAGUCAGGGCAACCUUCAUUUUCCUGGAGCAGACCUUAAAGCCUCUGCAGAAGUUCCAAACACAUCUUCAGGGAAUUAAGGGAGACAGCAGAGCUGACAUAAAGCUAAUCUCAAAGGAAGCCAGCAGCCUUUUGCGCACAUACACUGCCUCUUUCCUACACCCAGAAGCAGCAGCUAACAUCCUUAAAGAACACAAUGCUAAAAUACUGCAGAAAAAGAAGUUCCACCUGUCCAGCCCAAAACUCAAUUUUGGAGGGAAAGCAGUUGAGGACCUAUUGAAAAAUUCUUCAGCGUGUGUGCAUUUCCAAAAGGAGGUGCUGUCGUUCUAUGUAGCUCUCACUGGAGCCCUUGUAAAGGAGCUGCCUCUCAGUGAGGAGAUGUUCGGCUGCAUCGCUCAACUGCUGGACCAGCAAAGCAAACUGACAGAAAAAUCACUGGAGAUGCUGGUGACACAAUUAGGAAUGUGUGACCAGAUGUCCAGGCAGCUUUUCAGUGAAUUCCGUGAUUAUCAGCAGGCUGAUGGUAUGACACAGACAAAAGAUAUGGAACAUCGAAUGGACAAUUACUGGUCCAGCAUCCUGAAGCGAACCAACCCCAUCUCAGUAUUCAGAAAACUUGUGUUAACUUUGUUGUGCCUACCUUGUCCUCCCCUUGAUGCUCAGCUUGUCUUUAGACAGGCCCUUGACAUUGGAAAUAUGGCAUUGCUGUCUGAGAGUGAAGCUGUAUCACAGAGCGACUCUGGCCCCAAGUCAGACAGCACUGACAACCAAGACACAUUUUUCAAAAAUAUCCCACCAGACCUCUAUUUAAGAUGCGUGCAGCCAUGUCAAGUCCGUCUAACAAAACUAAAAGAUCUAGACAACCUAUAUGAUGAUCUUCUUGAGGAGAAGGACUGCCCUAGUGAAGAGGGGCCCAAUAGGGGAGGUCAUAACUUGGAGUGCAGUUUACGCCAGAAGCCACGGGCACGGACAGUGUUUCAGGCUGAUGUCGGCACCUGGUCCAGUAUUGAAGAUGAGGAUUCUUUAGGUAAGAAAGAGACCAGAAUAAGCCUAAAAGGAUCUUACCAGGAUGGGAAGGGAUUUUUGACAGGAGAGCUUGUAUGGGGGAAACCGAAGGGUCUUUCUUGGUGGCCUGGUCUGGUGAUACCUUGGAAAACCACAUUUUCACCUCCAGGUUUGCGGAGGUUGGAAUGGUUUGGAGAUGGACACUUUUCAGAGACACCCACAGAAGAUUUGCUACCUUUUCGUGCCUUCUCUACAUGUUUCUGUAAAGACUCAUUUGCCAGCCUGCCUGCCUACUGGGAGGCCAUCUUCCAGGUCAUAGAGGUAAAACACACAAUCUGCAUUAGCUACUGUAUCCAUACAAAAUACAUUGGCCAAAGCCAACAUAAGUUAUUUCAUAGUAUAAACACAAGAAGUAUGCCAAAAGAAAAAUUAGUGCCCAAAAGGGCAUCAUACUCUGUCAUUUGGAAGUGGUUUGGUUUCAACCCAAAAGAUUCUGAGCAGUCCAAUGUGAUCUGCAGAUUGUGCAGAAUGUCUGUUAAAACAUCUAUGGGUAAUACCACAAACUUGUUUAACCAUCUGAAACGACAACAUCCCAAAGAGCAUGUCUUGAGUUUAUCUUUGCGCAAGUCAGUCACACAACAGGCAAACGGCAAAAGAACGCCAUAUGUAGAGUGUGAGAAGAGGACAAGAUCUGCACAAGGCAAGACAAACCAGGAGGAGCUCGCAGGUGAACGCUGUGAGAAGUCCUUCGAAGAUGCAAAAGGAGAUAAAGAAACCGAACUGAAGCUAAUGGUGGAUUGGGCCUUUGGGGGAUUUUUGCCUUCUGGACCAGAGGGAUUUACGCCAAAUACUCUUCAAGAUGCUGAACAAAUAGAUUCUGACUCCACUCUGUCUGACUACCAGCCACCACUCAAAAAAAAAAAUGCUUCAAAAAAUAGACCGAGCACCUCCGACAUCAUCUAUAACCGAGAAUUGUUAGAUGAGCUACUUAACGAAAAUGGCACAAAAAUUGAAGAGCUUUGUUUAACUUGUGGCACCCCUGAUAUUGAAGUGCAGCACCCAUUGUUUGAAGGCGGCCUUUGUUCCAGAUGCAAGGAGAACUUUACAGAGACACUGUAUCGCUACGAUGAAGACGGCUACCAGUCAUACUGCACCGUGUGCUGUUCAGGGAUGGAGGUUAUUCUUUGUGGCAACACCAGCUGCUGCAGAUGUUUCUGUAAGGACUGUAUGGAUAUCCUAAUCGCACCAGGCACCUUUGACAAAAUGAAAGUGAUUGACCCAUGGAGCUGCUUCAUGUGCCAGCCGGAACAGUGCGCCGGUAACCUUAAACUCAAGCCAGACUGGCGCGUUAAGGUCCAAGACUUGUUUGCCAACAACAGUGCCAUGGAGUUUGAGCCUCACAGAGUAUACCCGUCUAUCCCAGCUGAUGAGCGCAGACCAUUGAAGGUUCUUUCACUCUUCGAUGGGAUUGCAACAGGCUACCUGGUGCUCAAAGAACUCGGCUUUAAGAUUGAACGCUACAUUGCCUCAGAAAUAUGUAAAGAUUCCAUCGUGGUGGGCAUGGUGAAGCAUGAGGGAAAGAUAGAAUAUGUAAAUGACGUACGCACCAUCACAAGGAAACAUCUGGCUGAAUGGGGCCCAUUUGACCUGCUGAUAGGUGGAAGUCCAUGCAAUGACCUCUCCAUGGUCAAUCCCCAUCGAAAAGGAUUGUUUGAGGGCACCGGAAGGCUAUUCUUUGAGUUCUACCGCAUCUUGACACUGUUAAAGCCAAAGGAGAAUGAGGACCGUCCAUUCUUCUGGUUGUUUGAGAACGUGGUGUUUAUGUCAACCAGAGACAAGACGGACAUCUGUCGAUUCCUUGAAUGCAACCCAAUUCUUAUUGAUGCUGUAAAAGUCAGCCCGGCUCACAGAGCACGCCUCUUCUGGGGAAACCUACCUGGCAUGAACAGACCCCUUGCUCUUUCUCUGGAUCACAAACCUUCUCUUCAGGAUUGUUUGGAGACUGGACGCACGGCAAAGUUGGAAAAAAUCAGAACCAUCACAACAAGUUCACACUCCCACAAGCAGAGGAAUGUCGGGCUUCCUGUCGUCAUGAAUGGCGAGGAGGACUACUUGUGGUGUACCGAAAUUGAACAGGUCUUUGGCUUCCCCAAACAUUACACGGAUGUGAACAACAUGGGCCGCUCUCACCGCCGGAAGCUCCUUGGUAAAUCAUGGAGCGUCCCCGUCGUCCGACACUUCCUCGCACCACUUAAGGAUUAUUUUGAAUGUGAACAGUAGCAAUGAAGUCUGUAAACCUGCAGGCACAUUCUCCCUGAACUUUUUGAUAGGUUUUUUUUUUUUUGCAUAAGAACAAACACAUUUUUUACUGCUUUUGAAAACACUGAGAAGGAAGUUUCUUUUUUUUUUAAUAACGCGGUAAUCUAUAGUGUAUAGUGGCCUGUAUCAACAAGCAAGCCGGUGUCUUUUGGCUCCGUGCUUUCUCAAUCGACAGUGAGGGACGAUAGUAGCUGCCUCCUAAAUGUUUACACCACUGUGCACUUCAUUUAUUACCUCAGUGAAUUAGGAGUGCAACCUCUAGGUCAAUGGCAGCUGUAAUCAUUAUUUUUAUACUGAUACUAUAUGGAACCUGAUCUCGCUGUUUCUUCACAGCACAGCUUCAUCGGGCCAACCUGUUCUCAAGCUAUGUACAGAUCCAACAAACGAUUUCAUAAAUAUGCCACUCCAUACAAGCAAACUAACAAAUAGGAUUUCUACAUCAGUAAAGAAAAUAAGUAUGAGAUUACCUACAGAUUGUGUAGGUUGAUCCCUUUUUUAAAUACAUAAACAGUCCAGAAUGUUAUAGUAAGUUUCUUGUAACAGGAACAGAAUAUAAAAAAUAACAUUAAAGAUCAUAAAUGAUUUUUUAUUAGAUUUUUGGGAAACAAGCAGAAAAUGUGCCGUUUAUUUCAACUAUAUUUCCUAAAAUACAUAUUGAGGCUAUAUAUUUGUUUUAUCCAAUUACUCAAUCGAACAAACUAAGCGAUAGAUUACGUGAUUAUAAAAAAUAAAUAACAACUGCAACGCUAAUUUAAUUUUGCUCAAACACACAACCCAAGAUGUCAUUUGCUUCUUGACACAGGCCCUAAAACUCUACCUCAAAUGUAUUUUGUACUUUUUAAAAUGUGAUUACCCUUUUUUAUGGGUUAAAUUUCUUUUAAAUAUUAAUUAUUUUUCCCACAUAAAAGAACAGUCGUUACCUGCCAUGGUUGACUUGAAAAUGCAGUCUGCUUGUGCUGGAUUUAGGACAAAUCCUCUGCAUGUAUUAUGAUUCUCUGAAUCUUGAUCUUUGUGAUUUUUAAAACAUCUUUAGAGUCAAUAAUUUUAAAAUUAAUUAGAGUUCAAAUGUAUGUAUAUAUCUUACUGGGUUUUAAUGUGAAAGGAAGUUUACAAAACAUUGCUGCCUUGAUUAAUACUGAAUGACUUCCUGUGUCUAGCCUAUCCCAGGUGACUUCCAGCAUGUACAUCUUAGGACUGAUCGCCUGCCAAUCGCAAGGCACAUUUAGACAAACAACCAUUCAUCCAUAUUCACGUCUAUGGACAAUUUUAGAGUGUCUAAUUAACCUAGCAUGCAUAUUUUUGGAAUGUGGGAGGAAGUUGGAGUACCUGGAGAAAAUUCACACAUAUACAGGGAGAACAUUCAAACUCCACACAAAGUUGCCCACAAAGUUGAACUCAGAUCUCCUGACUAUGUGGCCUACAUGCUAACUACUAGGUCACCAUGUGGCCUGUUUAUUCCCUCCGGUGCUGUUUUAAUGGUGCUAAAUAGCUGUACACUUCUUUUUUAUUGUUAAGAGGAUGAUAGCUUUUAAACAAUUGUGUAUUUUUAAGAUGACCAUGCAUUCUUAGACUCUGUGUAAUACUAAUAGAUGCCUUGUGUUUUUCCUCAAUGACCACUACAAAUGACAAUGAAUUAAACCAGUAUUAGUUU